CCUACUUGAACCUAACUAGAAACAUGUACUCGGCUGCCUCACUGUGUUGACUCCCUACCGACCGUGAUGUCGCAGACCUCCGGAGCAGUCAAUAUUGGUGGCAGCGGUUCUUUGGGCCGGGAAGGGUGUCGUACUAGGCAGGUACAGUAUGCGUGGACCAAGGCGCGUAUAUUCGGAACGAGUUGGACGCCGUCUUUGGCGGACUCUUUGCUCCUGUCAGAGGCAGUCCGAGUGUUUGGUGUCGCAGGCUCGGUUACUGAUAUCUAGUCCGGCGAUGUUGACGGGUCACAGAAUGAGACAACGACUUCUCAAAGCAUCGACGGUUCGCGGGUUUGAACAGCAGGCUUCACGCGCACGGGCCGGCCAUGCAUCUAUCGAUAGAACCACGUAUUGCCACAGCAUUGCGGUCAUGACACGGAAGACACCGCCUCAUGCCAAACCAUAUACUUAUCAUCUCUGCCGCGUCUCGAGGGACGACGUCUACCCCAAGUUCAUCCUCAGCUACGAUCGCCAUGAAUCCUGCGUUCGAAGUGUAUGCUCAACAGCUCUACAGCCGUGCAUGGGGCUAUCCGUUGUGGGAACCCGAGCCAUCGCAGACGCAGGGCGAGGUUCUCAUCGGCGAUGUUGGCUAUCUCAGGUACGGUGGAUUCUACCGCCUCUUCAAUGCGCUGGAAAUCUCGGGAGGGGACGAUUCCCCGCAGGCGACCGGGAUUGCCCAUCCCAAUCUCCAGUGUUUCAAACUCGCUUCCUCAGCCAUCCACCGCAAAGACAAUGCGGUGAGUAAGGGCGAGCACUAUAGUCAGAGUAUCGGCCGUAAGGACGUGGGGGCUGGUGCUGGAACUCAUGGCGUCAAUAUCGCCUGUGAAUACGAGUGUAGUGCCCAGUAUGGCGCCAUGGCUGUACUAGGCACACCAGGAAUGCGAGAAGAGGUACAUCCGGGUCGCCGACUGAAGACUUACAUGAAGGAUAACGUCGACGCCUGGCACGCGUGGGUGAACAGCGAGGAAGGGCCCGACGUUGGAAUUGACUUGGAGGAUAUCCUCUUCGUAGUGGGAUCCGUCAAGACUACUCGCUGGGCUGUGCUCGCCUUUUUUGGCGACAGCAGACGGAUGAGAGUUGCUAUUGAUGGCGACGUGCCAGGCAUCCCUGUCUCUGCGUCCGCUCAUGUCAACAUUCGAAGAGAAUCAACCAGUUUGCCUGAACAUCGAAUAGGGCCGGAGGGCCGGCCAGAACUAGACCUUCCCAGGCUUUUGGGGAUGCAUCCGCUAGAGGAGGCUGAACAUCAUGCGCAAGGGAGGAGCAGGCGAGGAAGGAGGAAUCAAGGCCAAGACCGCGCAGGAGACGCAUCCCAAUAUCGCGCUGAUCAAUGCAUGUUUCUUCGUUACAUGAAGGCCAAGAGACGCUUCAUACUUCCCUACAAGAUUGAAGCUGCGGCUGAACCCAUGGACCUAGCGAUGGACCGUGAUCUGGAUGAUGGUAUAGGGCUUAUAGAAGAGGAACCCCGUCAAGCGACGCAUUUUGACCCUGUUACCACUGUUCUGGACUAUAUAUUGGAGCAUUCCGACGCUGAAAUCGCCAUCGCUAGUGACUUAGAUAUAAUACGCGUGUGCGCUGAGAAUCGAUAUAAAGGCGAACAUCCCCUUCCGGAAGAUAUAUCGCGCUUUUUGGCGGAGGUCCAGCCAGACAUCGAAGUGACUGAGGACAAACUCGGCAUGCUGUUAUUCGACGACGAAGCUACCGGGACGUACGUUCCUGAACACUACGAUGUCGAACAACAAGAGGGGACGUUCAACGAUUCCGCACAUAUAGUACCAGGCGAGGAUAGAGGUGUCCAGUCAAGAACAAGCGAAACCGAUCCCGGCCCCGAAGCUCCGUUUGACGGUGGCAUUGAUGACAAGGGGAUGUUAGCGGACAAGCCAAGCAUUCUGCAUCUCCCCACGACAAGCGGCAACGAGCGAUUAGGCGGGAUCACUGUACUCGCGUUCUCACCCGUUGGUCGGGACGUCGCAGCUGGGUUCGAGAACAACACCAUUGUCAUCUGGAGUGCAAUGACCCAUGGUGUAGUGCACCAAUUCCAACAUCAUACCGGAAGCGUCUCUUUCAUUGCAUACUCUCCGGACGGAAACGUAUUGGUUUCUGGAGGACGUGACGGACGAGUUAUCGUCUGGGACCUCAUCGCAGGAGGGAUGAUCCGCUCGCUGCCCGGUCAUCAGGGCGCCAUUGAACGCGUUGCAUACUCGCCCAACGGGAAGCUCAUUGCAACCGCGGCCGAUUCGUUCGUGAAGCUCUGGGACGCGGAAACGGGGGAACUGCAUGCGUCGACGGGGGAUCACGGCGGAAUCAUCAUGAUGGUCACAUUCUCUCCGGACAACGAGCGGUUCGUCUCUACGAGCUCCGACGGCACUGCGCGUGUAUGGAGCACGCACACGGCAUCACACAUUUGCGACCUACGUGGCCAUGAAGGGGUGAUCUACGCUGUGGCGUAUUCUCCGGACGGGAGGCGACUCAUCACCGGCGCAGACGACGGCACUGCUAGGGUUUGGAGCGCAUUGCUCGGAGACGAAUACAUGGUAAUGGGCGAAGGCGAAGGCGGCUUGGUCUCGGCAGCGACGUUCGGUGAGGACGGGAAGGUGCUUCACUACGUCGGGAGCGAACGCGUCAUCAAGACGUACGACUCGUACACCGCUGACCUACUUCAUAACAUCGACUGUGGCGACAAGGUCGCCAUGGCUCCGAUGUUCUCUGCCGAUGGCCGCUUGCUCGCCGCAGGUGGCGAAGACCACAGCAUCACCGUAUGGGAUAUGUCAUCGAGGCGGGAGAUCAUACGGUUCAGUGGCCAUACCGACAACAUAAAUCACCUCGCCUUCUCUCGCGACAAUAGGUACCUCGCAUCGGCCUCGGACGACGGCAGUGCGCACAAGUGGACACUUCCGACCUUAGCUUUACCUAUUUAAGCGAGUACCUAGUUCGACGUGCACUCCUACUAGUAUGCUUGCUUAAUGCAGCAUCGCUUGAUGGGCUCCAGAGACAACAAUGGAGGAUCAGAGUUGUAGUGGAUCUGGUUCCAUGGGUACUGAUGAUAUACAUGCCGAAAAAGACGUGCUGUCUGUUAUGUAAGUUAGUGGUUGACGUCGAGAAGACUACAGUUGCCUAUACUUCAUAGCCCACAUAAUACCGUUCAUAUACAAGCAGCCUACGGUCACGUUUUGCAGUGAUGAUAUAGUUAUAAGUAUGGCUUGCCUGUUCCCGGGAGGUAAGUAGCCGGGCUUUGAUAUGCAGCAAACGACCGACUUGGAAUGAAAAAUUCAAAUGGAGACGUGUUUGGCAAAAGAAUAGAAGACUAGAUGGAAACUUUAUGUGCAGUGGUGCACCCACUGCCAGCAUGGUCUACCU